AUGCGGGGAAAGAAAUCGGUGGACCAGAGCGGAUCGGCAGGCAAAGUUGCGCCUGUGCCGCAUACGGAGAAGCGUCGUCUCCUGACACCAGCAUCAUCAGCACCUAGAAUAGCAGCACAGCAACAAGCACCACCAUUACCGAACGAAUCUGUGGGGCCAUAUAUCAUUUUGAAGACUUUGGGGACGGGUGGCUUUUCACACGUCAAACUAGCUGUUCAUAUUCGGGACGGCAAGCGAGUUGCCCUCAAAAUGCUCGAAAAGCCGCGGUCGGUAAAGCAAGGGCAGGCGAACGGGCACGGUCCAGAGUCCGAACAGCUUCAAACAGCGAUCGAUCAGGCACAUCGAGAGGCGGCUCUCAUUGAGUCCCUAAAACACCCACAUAUCAUCCGCCUUCUCACUACAUUCGAGACCGAAACACAUUCAUGCCUGGUGCUGGAGUACAUUCCAAAUUCCGAUCUUUACGAGCUGAUGACCGCCCACCCCGCGUCUCUCACCGAGGCUUUCAUCAAACGGAUAUUCUCCGAAAUGUGCUCGGCCGUCGCGCACCUUCACCGCAACAACAUUUGCCAUCGCGAUAUCAAGAUCGAAAACAUUCUCGUCGACUCCGAUACCGGAGUCAAGUUGACGGAUUUUGGAUUAGCCACACGUUUCACACCGGGGGUCCUCUUGACGGACCGAUGCGGCUCCGAGGAGUACGUCGCCCCCGAAGUCAUCAAAGCGCUUCCCUACGACGGCCGCAAAACGGACGUCUGGGCUUUGGGUAUCAUCCUUUUUGCCCUUCUCACCGGGGAGCUACCAUUCAACGUUCGACCUGGCUCGACUUUACGAUCCAUGUUCCACCGCAUUGCGACAGGCUCCUACAAGUUCCCACCCCCUCAACCAGGCCGCCCGCCUGUAAGUGAUCUCGCCAAGGAUCUGAUAAGAAAGAUUUUGACGACGAAUCCUGUCAAACGUCCCUCUGUGGAGGAGGUUCUCAGCCAUCCUUGGCUGGCGCAGACGGUGACGGGUAGAUAG